AUAAAAGUUCUAUCUAUACUACCUAGGUACUAUGGGUACUACCUAGCUAUAUCACUUCCUCGAAUCCUCCUCUAUACAACAACAACAACAACAUAGACCUUUAAACUAUCCUCCUAGACUUCUUCUUUUAUAGAAAAAAAGAAAAGAAAAAAAUCAAUCUGCUAUUUUGAAUAACUUUGUUGACUACUAUACCUACUCCCUAUUUUUCCUGCUGAUUCUCCUUUUUCAUCUGCGAUAUCAUCGAACCCUAGAUUAAAUUGAUAGAUAUUGUUACUCCUAUCCUCCGGUGUCACUAUCUCGUACCCCCCCCCGUACUUGAUCUUCUCCCAGUCAAACUCGGUUUAAAAAAGCCAAACCUAGCCAGCCUCACCACCUACUAGAUCUUUACCUAAUUGUACAUGUACAAUAUAUUCAGCAAUUGAUCAUCGAUUUCUUAUUUCUAUUCAAAAGUCUACGCUCUCAUAUAUCCUACCAAAUAUCAAAGUCGCCCUUUAUACUCGAAACCUUGUCCUUCGAAUUCGCAUGCGUGGUGGGUUCAAGGUGUGCGUUGAGCUUUUAGGCCUUGGAGGUGCAUAGCUUAGCUACUUUUUCUGGAAAUGUCCGCCUCUAAGAAUGAUGUUCUCCCACCCAAAUAUACCCCCAGAGUUCUGCAACUCAGAGAGCUGAUCGCACAGCCUGUGGUGGCAGCAUUUUGCGCCGGUGGAGUGGCAGGUGCGGUUUCUAGAACCGUCGUAUCGCCUCUAGAACGACUAAAGAUCCUUUUUCAAAUACAGAGUGUGGGGCGAGAAGAAUACAAGAUGUCGGUAGGAAAGGGGCUUAUGAAGAUGUGGAAAGAGGAAGGUUGGCGCGGACUGAUGAGGGGUAAUGGAACUAACUGUAUUCGAAUUGUUCCCUAUUCUGCUGUUCAGUUUGGAAGUUACAAUUUCUAUAAAAAGUUCUUCGAGACCACUCCUGGCACAGACCUGGGUUCUUUUAGACGUCUCAUUUGCGGUGGAGCUGCCGGAAUUACAUCCGUAUUCUUUACAUAUCCUCUAGAUAUUGUUCGCACUAGAUUAUCUAUUCAGUCGGCAUCAUUUGCAGCUUUGGGAAAGCAUGGUACGAAGCUACCAGGCAUGUUUGCGACGUUGAAGACGAUGUACAAAACAGAAGGAGGCGUUCUUGCAUUAUAUAGAGGAAUCAUACCUACUGUGGCUGGCGUUGCGCCAUAUGUUGGCUUGAACUUCAUGACUUAUGAGCUUGUAAGAAAGCAUUUCACUCCAGAGGGAGACCAGAAUCCCAGUGCAGUGCGAAAAUUAGCAGCCGGUGCUAUAUCUGGCGCAGUUGCACAGACAUGCACAUAUCCAUUUGAUGUUCUUCGACGUCGUUUCCAGAUUAAUACAAUGUCUGGCAUGGGAUACCAGUACAAAUCAAUUUUCGAUGCUGUCAGAAGAAUCGUCGCACAAGAAGGUAUCAUGGGCAUGUAUAAAGGGAUUGUACCCAAUCUACUCAAAGUAGCCCCAAGUAUGGCGAGUAGUUGGCUCAGUUUUGAGAUGACUAGGGAUUUCUUUGUAGGGUUAAAAGCCGAUGAUACUAGCUUAUGAGUUUGAGAAAGGCCCCCUGAUGUUUCUCAACAAUGGGAACGGUUUUGGACAGGCGUAUUAAAGGUCAAUGCUUUGUAUAUGAAGACGGCGUAGACCAGGUCAAUGGAUUGCAUUUGGUAAGGCAUCUGGGCAUGCAUAUGGGAGCGGGCGUUAUUUUGUAAAAAGAGACAGACAAGAUUCCUAAGACCGGGUCCUAUAAUCAGCGAUAAUAGGAGAAUAGAUGUGCUAGGGAAUCGGGGCGAAUUCACGGUGAUAAACGUGAAAUUCAAAGAUGUAUGAACAUAAAAAAGGGUGUUUUGUGGCAGAAAAUCUGAUGAGCUCUUAGAUCUAUCCAUCUAUCUUCCUACCUAAUUGGAUAGGGUGGAGGGAGAUGAUAACUUUACAAUUGCUAUAUCG